CUUGGGAUUGAUUCUGUCCUUCAUGAUAGAUCAAAACUUACCUUAUCAUGAUCCCUCACCUUCCUUCCUAGGAUUAUCUCACCCUAUUUAUACCCUCUCCUUCUUAGGGUUGCUCAUUCACAUCACUUCAGCUUCCACCACUCUACAGUCCUUUGCUUCCACCUCAAAAUGACCUUCAACAAUGCUCAACUGCAUCCUGCAGUUGUGUUCAAAAAUCAGGGAUAUCGAAAUGCUGCUGCUUACUCCCGCUACCUUCGUAGGUUUAGGGAUCGAGCAAUCUAUCCCUCAUUUUCAAUUCAUCCCACAUGCUUUGAUAAGUAUGAUAUGCAUAUUCCUUCUCUUCUGAAGAAUCUAGGCUGGAGUUCUCUAGUUGAGAACAUGCGUUUCAGUUACUGCCCUGAAGCUGUGCGCAAGUUCUAUGUCAACAUCAAACGUGGUCCAGGAUGUGAUCCAUCCUUCUUCACCACGAUUGUGUUUGACAAUGAAAUCAAAGUCACUUCUCAACUCUUAGCCACUCUACUCGAUCUUCCUCAUUCUGGUGUUCAGGCUGGAACGGAAGGAGAAUUCUCCUCACAUGGAUUCCCCUUCGACACUGCGCUUGAAUCUUUGACUCGAGAUAUCGGUCAAUACUAUCCAAACCGUCUCGCUGCUGGGCGACUAUAUGAUGACUUGAAGGUCCUUCAUUUUUUCAUCACUCGGAGCUUUCUGCCCCGUGAUCUCUCAACCACUAAUAUCCUAGACCCUACGGAUCUCUGGAUUCUGUCGAAUGCUAAAGCUGGUUGUCCAAUCAGCUAUGCAUCUCUAAUGUUCCAGCAUAUGCUUCGAUUUGGUAUGGAGUACUUCAGUGGCCCCUUGGCUUUUGGUCCUCAGAUCACUAAGCUCCUCUAUAAGCUGGGUAUUGAUCUUCGUGACAAGAUUAUUCUCUGUAAUAUUCUGGAAGAGGUUCGUCCUCAGCAUGUCUUGGCCAAACUGGAUGCUGAAGUUGGCCCCCGAAAGCUAGUCAAUGGCUCAGGGGGUGUCAGGGCUGAUCCUGCAAAGACAUAUCAGUCUGGCAAACUUGUUGAGGCACUCAUGGAUGCUGCAGUAACUGUGGUAAAGCGAGAAUCCACCAAGUCACAAAAGCAAACUGGUAGUCUGAAAAGGCUAAGGGAAAAGGAUCUUAUGUGGCCAAAAUUUGUAUAUGAAUCUGGGACUAUUACUGAUGCUAUGAGUUCUGAUUCAGAGUCUGAAGAAGAAGGUGGAGUCUCGGAUUACGAGUAGGGGUGUGCAAUGGUCCGGUCCGUACUGGACCAAACCGUUGUUAAGACCGGAACGGACCAGACCGAGUAAAAUGCGGUCUGGUCCUUGGUCCUCAUGAAUUUUAUAAUUACUGAAGAAAUGGUGGACCGAGCUCAUAUUUGGACCGGACCAAACCGGACCAAAUGGAUCAAAUGCAAGAAUGGUCCGGUCCUUGGUCCUAACAUGUCUUUCACUAAUGGACCGCGGUUCUCAUGAGUUUGGUCCGGACCGAACCAAACCGUUGCACACCCCUAAUUAUGAGUCACCACCAAAGUAUCCAUUCUAGGUAGAAGAUGGGAUUUGUCAUUGGGGGAGAGUCUUAAGUUAGAAGUGAGAAUCUUGAGUUAGAGGUGUCACAUGAACUAUUGUCAGAAGUUCAAGAGUUGUUUUUGAGUCUUGGCGUCCAUGUCUUGGUUUGAAUAAUGUUUUGGUUUGAAU